GAGUGUGACUAGUGUGAGUGUUGUUGUGUUGACGUUUUUAAUGUUUGUUUUUAUGCUUGCACGACGGCUGCUCGCUUGCUGUAAUUGAGCAAAAGUCAAGUCUUAAACGUAGGCUACAUUCGUGUAGUUGUAAACCCAGUAUUGUAGUUUCUAGAAGUGAUCAGGUUAAAGUCGGGUCUUAAUUUGCUAGUAUAAUAUGUUUUCUUAUUUACAUUUUAACCUAAAUUAGGCCUACAUUGCUUGAAACUUGAAACACGAACUUUAUACUCCCUAGGAGGUUUAAAUAGCCUAUAAGUUAGAGUUAGGUUAGUUUUGCAGAAUAAUUUGUUUAUUUUAAUGCAAAAUGUUGAAGAAGGACACAUUCCGUUCUAAAAUAGAUCUUGAAAACAAUCCAUUUGCCAAGGUUUUUCCCAAUAUGGAAGCAGCAAAAAGGUACGCUAAAAAAGUGAAACAAUUUGGAAGGACUGUCUUCUAUCACGAACUACAUGGUGAUCUCGUGGGAGAUGAUCUAACACUAAAUUUGAUUGUGGAAGAAGUAUUCAAUUUAACUCUUUGUAAUGAUCCACCCUCUUUUAACCGAGGGGAGACACAUUUAGUAUACCUGAGUAUUGAAGACAUAUCUGGUACUGAUAAACUUACAGCUAACAACAUUGAUAUUUUGGGAUUGGUUUUGAUGGAGAGGUUGUUAUUGGAAAAUCCUUCUUCACACUUGAAAUCGUUGAAAAGCUCACCAAACAUUCCAAAUCAUGCAGUUGAAACACGUACUAUAUUCUACUUGUUUGAGUGUUUCCGAAGAUUACAGAAAAAGAAAGAAAAUAAAAAAGAACUUCCCAAAGUGAUUUGUCAAAUGAUAGAUUUUGUCAUACAAAAUGCCGCUACAGCAUUAAGUCAGCCGGAGGUGUAUGAAAAACAAGAUUUAUCUCAACAGAUUUUAGAUCUGUUUGAAGAAAAUCUCCCGCCAUGCCCAGAGGUGACAGAGUUUCUUGGUGUUGUGGCAGACCGAAUUUUCCGAGAUGAAAAAGCAGAAGCAGUAUUUAUCGCAUUUUCACAAAUUUUGGAUAUGGUGCAAAAAGAAUUAGAUUCUUCAAAUCUCCUGAUAUACAAACCUUCCAGAUUAAGUCUGAUACAUAGUUUUGCGUCAAAUACAAAGUUAGCUCAAGUUUUACUGAACCAAAGAAAUGUCCGUUAUGCAACUACUGGGCGUGCGUUUGCUGAGACUGCUCUUGGAGCUGCUUUCAACACCUCUGUGCUUCCCAAGUCCAGCAACAUCAUAGUUUCUUUGAGCAAUUACGAGUUUUUUGACAAUCCCCUGGAUCCAAACUUGAAGUUGUUAGAGUCGCAGUUGUGGAGUGCUACAAAGCAGUUGGUGGAUUACCUACAUGAGAUCAUGGUGCAACUGUUAAAGACUAGCAGGGAGGAUACUCUCGCAUGGCUAGGGGCAUGUCUGGACAGGAACGCACCCCGUGGUCGGUUGUCCGCCCUAGAUGCCUUCUCUCUUGAUACAAUAAGCUGUGUUUCGGAUGGCUUCAUGUUGAAUCUUGGAGCCGUACUGCUGAGAUUAUCAGUCCCAUUCACAGACACUGAUAAAAAUCCAAAACUACUGAGAAUAGACCCUACAUACCCUUCUGCAAAGCCAAGUGAUGGUAAAGGAGUUCACAUGAGCAGUUUCUCUACGGACACUUGUCUGGUGCCGACAGAGGAAGGUGGCUUUCGACCGUGUGCCAAGCAGUUCACAUUUAUCACCGAGUGCUUCUUCCUGACACAUCGCGCGCUCAGUCUAGGCAUGAGUGCAGUGCAGGCUAAGGCUCAGCGAUUGUACCAGGAGAUUGGCAUGAUGCAAGCUCGACUAGGAGCAGACGCACGGAGUGCUGAUAUGGAGGAGGCUAUGACCAAAUAUUUGAGCCUGCGCUGUGCCUUAAUUGAGCCGUCCACUUUGGUGCUGGAAGGCCAGUUUGUGAUAGCCACUUGUGCAUGGCUUGUCCAAGUCGUAUUUGAUCCUGACUUGAGGGAAAAUAGGGACACUUUCAAUCCCACUGAGUUUCGGGAAGUCAGUUUCCCGUUGCCGGACGUUGCUCCUCCCACCCUCAAAUGUGUACCGGAAGUACUGCUAGAGAACGUCUCCCAAUACCUGGUUGCCGCCAAGAGGUUUGAAGUGGCAGGGGUUGUUCAGGAGGGUCUGGAGAAGCUUCACCCAAUUCUGACACAUCUCCUGGUGUUCAUGUCGGGGUCAGUGCGUGCACGCAACCCACAUCUGCGUGCUCAAAUGGCUGAGUGCCUAGAGUGUCUGCUGCCGACGGAGAAAUCUGGGUCCACGAUCAACACAUUCUUCCGGCAACAGCUGUUUUUAACACAUCCACAUAGGUUCCAUAUGGUGGAAUCCUUGUUAGAUGUGUUUGUCAGUAUUGAAAUGACAGGCCAGAGUGUGUCGUUUGAGCAAAAGUUCAACUACCGUCGGCCAAUGUACACGGUCAUGGAGUACUUAUGGAGUUUAGACGAGCAGAAAGAGUGUUUUAAGAAACUUGCUGCUGAAGCGGAGGCCAACAUGGAAGCAGUGAACCCUCCGCUGUUUCUCAGGUUCCUCAACUUGCUGAUGAAUGACGCUGUGUUUCUCCUGGACGAAGCCCUCAGUAACAUGGCUCAACUGAGAACAAUGAUAGCGGCAAGAGAGGCAGGUGAAUGGAACUCUCUUCCACCAGCUGAGCGACAGAGAAAUGAAAGUAGCUUUGUGCACGUUGGAAUGACUGCCAGAUUUGAUAACAUUUUGGGAACUAAGACCAUCGAGUGCUUGGUUUACUUGAGCUCAGAGAUUAAGAGCAUAUUUUGUCAUGGGACAAUGGUGGAUAGAAUUGCUGCCAUGCUCAAUUACUUUUUGCUGCAUCUAGUUGGGCCAAAGAAGAAGAACUUUAAGGUGAAGGACCAGCAGAAAGAGUACAUGUUUGACCCAGCCCAGAUAGUGAUGGACAUUUGUAAAGUUUACAUCCAUCUCAAGGACAGUGACAUGUUCUGUGCUGCUGUGUCUCGUGACGGCCGCUCUUAUAGUCCUCAGCUCUUCUCUCUGGCUGAACAAGUCCUUGUAAGGAUCGGAGGAGGGAUGUACAUAACAGACUUGCAAGACGUGGCAGCUAAGGUACAGAAACUGGCUGAUCUACAAAAGGAGGAGGAGGAAAUGUUGGCUGACAUUCCAGACGAGUUCCUAGAUCCCAUCAUGUCUACAUUGAUGGCAGACCCUGUACAGCUACCUUCUAGCAGACAGAUUGUGGAUAGGAGCACCAUUGCAAGACACUUGUUGAGUGACCAGAGUGAUCCUUUCAACAGAGAGCCACUCACCAUGGAUAUGCUGAUUCCUGCGACAGAGUUGAAAGACCAGAUCGAUGCUUGGAUAGCUCAGAGGCGCAGCAACUCAUGAUUUUUUAUUCGGUAAUUUUAUCAUAUUGUUUUGUUGUAAAAAUCACAAUAUCGUUUACUUUAUACAAAUAUUUAUUUUAUCUUGUAAAGUUAAUAAUAAUUAAAAGUUGUUAAAAUUA